AGCUAGCUAGCUAGGAAGCAAUCCGCUGGCAAUUGUUUAUUCAACGCUAGUUCAAUUACAAAACGAUAACAAAAUGAACGGAGUUUACACUGUGUUGUUGGCUGACGCAUAGUCAUUCACAUGGCACUAUAUACUGUGAGGUUAACAUACAUAUUUAGUUUGGUUUUAGCUAGCUAUCAUCAUGAAGUUGGCAAGCUAAAUGGCUUAUUAGCUUUGGUACGUUAUCAGUAUUAGCUAGUGACGAGAUUUUUGGGGACGUGGAUCGUGUGGUAUUUCUGCAAGCUCAUUAUGGAAGGAGUUCUCUAUAAGUGGACAAAUUAUAUGACAGGGUGGCAGCCACGCUGGUUUGUUUUAGACGAUGGAAUAAUUUCCUACUAUGAUUCUCAAGAUGAUGUCUGCAAAGGGAGCAAAGGAAGUAUUAAGAUGUCCGUCUGUGAAAUCAAAGUUCACCCCACUGACAAUAACAGACUGGAACUGAUCAUACCAGGAGAGCAGCAUUUUUACGUCAAAGCUGUCAAUGCUGCCGAACGACAGAAGUGGCUUGUGGCACUUGGAAGUUCCAAAGCCGGCCUUGCUGACACGAGGGCCAAUAAAGAAAAAGAAAUAACAGAGACGACAGAAUCUCUGAAAACGAAGAUGUCCGAGCUGCGUCUCUACUGUGACUUGCUAAUGCAGCAGGUCCACACAAUACAGGAGUCUGUGGGCCAGGAGGACCAGGAAGGAGACCACUCCAAUUCCAGCUCGGAGACUCUGAAUGAGGCCUCCUCUUUACUGAGUGCCACGUGUAACACCUUCAUCAAAACACUGGAAGAAUGUAUGAAGAUGGCCAACUCCAAGUUCAAGACAGACAUGGUGCUGUUGAACCCUCCAGACGAUAUGAUGAUGUCCCCUGUUUCUCCGUCCCCAAUACAGAUGGCCCGGAUGAAGCGGUCCAUAAGUUACCCGGGCACGUACAAUUUCGACAGGUCUGGUCUCCCGCCAAAGGAGGGUGUGUUAUCAGGUCAAAGGUCAACCCAGAGGAGGACACGGACUUGUUCGGACACAGAGGCUCACAGUGACAGCUGUGUUUAUGAGAUGGACCGCACUGCUGUGCUGUGUCUCAAUGCCAGUGUGAACGGGCACUCCUCCCACAGUAUCCCUGAGGAGUGUGGUGCCAUCAGUCCUACCAGUCCCAGAGCUAUGUCAGACACUCCAGAUACUGACCUGUCCAUCUGACCUGUCCUGUCACUCACCAAAUACAUUGCAGUAUCUUCAGAUAAAGAGAGACUGGGCCCGAAUUCACAAACCUUCAAAAUAAUAUAUUUUACAAGGUUCAUAAGAAAAUCAUGAAUUAUUAAGAAUAUGUUUGUGAAUUGCACUUAUGAACAAUCUUCUGGACUUUUUCUCUUUUUUUUUCUUAAGAAGCUUCUUAAUUUUUCUUUAGAAGUGUUUUGUGAAUCCAGGUCCUGGAGUUGAGAUUGGUAGUCUACUGUCAAGUGACUGGUCCGUCUGGUCAGUAGGCGUAGUACUGUCUAUCUUUUAUGAAUAAUGACUUGGCUAAAGCGUGAAUAGUUUUGAAUUCUGCAGAGCUGAAUGUAUCAGGUACUUCAGUUACUCCACUGAAGUUAGACUGAUAUGAGGCUACUGUAAUGUGAGGUGUUACUAAGGUUGUGUUCAUUAGGGCACGCAAUGGAAAAAAAAAGUUGUAAAACUAAAAAAAGAAAAUGAGUGUUUCUAGUUGGACUCUAGUUGUCCUUCCCUGUCGUUUUCUUCCCUUCAGUGCCUAAUGAACACUCCCCAGCUUUUAUUGCUCACAUACUGCAAUGCAGUCACUGCUUGGCAAUGCGUUAAUGGUAUUUUCAAAAAGUAUUGUAUUUUUUCCUGUGGAAGCUUUGCUUUGCACUUUAAGAAUUAUGGAUCAGAACAAAGUCCUUUUUGAAUGUUUGUACUAUUCCAAGAAGUGUUAUGUUAUUAUUGCAGAAUAAAAUGUUUGGUUUGUUUGAUAUGCAACGUAAUCCCUUAAAUGUUAGGGUUGCUAACUGUGCCAAGGACCAAUUCAGAAUGUGUGGAUGUGGUUACAUUUUCAUCAAUGGGCUGAGUUGGCAUGCAUCUCCUGGUACACCGGAGGGCAGAGUUUGUCUAUUUUAGACCAUUCCAUUGGUCCUAAAGUGAAAUCUCCACCCUCCCAAGUCACUGGGAGAUGCAAAACAAACUUGCCCAAUAUUUUAAACUUGGCACGCCCCCAGUGUUCACCAUAUUGCUAUGUGACAGACACUUUUUAUUGCUAUCUUUUAAAGUUAUAUUUGCCAUUCAUGACAUCCACCAAAAAAGAGUAAUGCCUUACAGAGAUUCUGGGCAUGGAAGGAGUUCUGUGACUGUAUGAUAUGAUGUUGAUGUUUGAAAUGUAAAGAUGCGUCUUAAAAAUGAAGUGAAAUCAC